CAGGGUUCGGUCAUGUUUGUCCCCCUGUUGGUUUCCCAGGGUUAGAUCAUGUUCGUCCUUCCCCUGGCUGCGGUCUCGGGCUCAUAGAAUCGGGAGCUGCUGGGAAACCGACAUCCACCAUGCCUAAGUGUGAAAAUAUCCAGUUAGACUUUCCGCACUAUAGCUCAGUGCUCCUGGACACCCUGAACAAACAGCGUCUAGAGGGGAAGUUUUGCGAUCUCUCUGUCCAGGUUCAAGGUCGGGUCUUUCGAGCACACAAGACGGUGCUGGCUGCAUCUUCGCCAUAUUUUCAUGAUAAGCUUCUCCUGAAUGACACCAGCUGCCUGGUUCUCCCAAGUGUAAUUCAGCCUGAUGCCUUUGAGAAUCUCUUACAUCUGAUCUAUUCUGGAAGGCUGUGCCUGGAUAUGGAGUCUCUUCCUUCUCACCUACUUUUGGCUAGUGGUCUGCAGAUGUGGCAAGUGGUAGAUCGGUGUUCAGAGCUGUUAAAGGAAAGAGAGCCACGUUCACAACAGUCGUGGUCAAGUCGUGCCAGUGAGAGCCAGUCGCCCAGUAGCAGUUUCCAGCCUCCAAGAGAUGAUCCUGCUCCACUAUCACUGGGCUGCUCAGACGAUGAAGAGGUGAUAAAAGUGCGUGUAUCAGAGGAGGAAGAGGAAGAAGAAGAGGAGGAGGAUGACAGUAACAGUGGAAGAAAUGUUUUAGAAGAAGUGAUCCCUGCAGGUUGCUCCUACUCUAUUCCUUCCUCAUCCUCUCCAGGAAGCCCUAAAGUGUUCUACAUUAAGCAAGAACGAGGUGAGGAGGACAACUUUUUAAAGGGGUUUGAAGUGACGGAAGUGCAGCCAGAUUACUCUACAAAACUGAGUUUUGUUCUUCCUCCCACAUCAUCUUCCUCUGAUGUUUCUCUCUGCCUGCCGCGGAAAAUGCAUGGCGUCUCUGAUCCCCAAUCCUACACUUUAUCUAAACCUGUAGACCUGCAUGGUAAUGAGAUCAUUGCUCAUGCUCUCCAAGCCCAGACUGUCCAUGCUCCGGUCAAGCUUGUGGCUGCCCCCGAUGGGAAGAAAUUUGGAUGCUUGUGCGGUAAACGCUUUGCUGUGAAGCCUAAACGUGACCGGCACAUCAUGUUGACAUUCAGUCUGCGCCCAUUUGGCUGCUCGGUCUGCAACAAGAAAUUCAAAUUGAAACAUCAUCUGACUGAGCACAUGAAGACCCAUGGAGGGAACCUUUAUUCUUGUGAAGACUGUGGGCGCAAAUUCAGGGUCGAGAACUGCUUUCAGAAGCACAAGGAAGUUUGUAAAGGGCAGAGGUGGGCAGGGGCCUGUUGGACCUACAAAUAAAUAUCAUAUUCUUGGACUCUUUACAAAGAACUGCUCAACAAGGGCCUUGUUAUAAAGACACUAGUUUGGAGCAUAAGAUAGCCAUUUGUCUGGAUGUUGCCAGAGACUAAAUCAUCUGAAUUCUUUUACCAGGAGACUUUAAUAGAUCCUCCUCACUUUUCCCUGGAUUUGUUCUAAAGAGCUGUGUGUGGCAGUGCAUGCCUGAGUCUGCCAAACAAGUAAAUCGAGAGCUCUACAAAUAUUGUCUAUCUUGCUGUGAUACGUUUUGUCUACAUACUAUACAAUGCUCUGCUGGUCUCUACUGUAUUAGAACAUGCAGGGAUGAUCAUGGAACAUGUGCUCUGCCUGAAUUCUUUACCAGACAAGACUUGCACCUUGCUGGAUUCAUCCCCUUAAAUUCUGUGGCCAGAGAUUUGACUUUGGUCUAAAUUUAGACUUGGAUCAACAACACAUGCCUUUCCCCCUAAAUAUUCUCAUUUACCCCUUGAUACGUUUUGCAGGUCUCUCAAGCACUAAAUGGUUAAGUCCUACUGUUAAGAGUCAAAAGGGAUAUGGCAGCCUCUGUAUAUACACAUUUACCUAUAUGCAUCCUCUGUGUGCUGAACAUAAACAGAUGAGUAGUGGUUUGUUUGACAAGGAGUUAUAGUAGCACUGCGUGUAUCUGCAAUAAUGUAAUCUGCUCUUUUUCUUAUGUCAAUGUAAGAGUGGAGACUGUCAUUUUGGGUAGUUUAUCAUGUACCCUCUGGAAGGCUUGAUGGAUUAGAGGGUUUGUGGUUUUGUUUUUUGUGUUUUUUUUUUUUUUUAAAUUAAAAGUCCAUCUCAGAACAGUAUUUUAGUGAUCGGUUUAAGAAAGGACAGUUGUUUUAUUUAUUUAGUUUGUUGAAUUCUGAAACGGAUUCUGUUAAUUUUAAACUGUAAUAUAAAUUUGUUGUUAACAAGUGAUUAACCCUCUAAGGGCAAGAGGAUGCAAUGUGUGCGCAAAACUUACAGAAAGCAGAAGAUUUGAAAGGGUUUAUAAAUUAAAUAAUGAAUUGGGAACUGAAUUGAAGAAGCAGGGAAAAAAGUGAAGUUGAAAAAUGAUUCCUAUUAUCUAUCAAAGAGGACCAUAAAUAAGCCAGGAUGUAUAAAAUAAAACAAAAUGGCAUGGAUAUUUUAAAUUGUAAAUUUAAAAGAAUCUAUUUGUGUUGAAAAACUUAAUUACCUUGGUUAAUUUCUCCACACUUAAAGGAACUCUAUAGCUUUAGAAAUACAAAUAUAUAUUGCUAUAGUGUUCUACUCACUAUUUAUAUGUUCGCUCACCAAAUGAGCUUUGAGAAAGCAAUUUACUGACCCUAUAUUCUGCAGAGUGCCAGCCUCCCUGAUUAAAACAUCAAUCUUGGUGAUCUCAGGAGACUAGUGCACAUGCACAGCAAAUCACCACACUGCGGAAAUCAUAGCGAUGCAUUUAAUAUAUGUCCUGAAAAGAAUUCAAGAUCUCAACCAGGAAGACUCUCUAGUGGCUGUUUGAGUGACAGCCACUAGAGGAGGACUUAGACAGCAAUGUAAACACUACCUUUUCUAUGAAAAGGCAAUGUUUACAAUGCUCGGCCUGUAUGCACAGACUAUAUGCCCCAUUACGCUUAAGAAUUCUGGUGAACAUAGUUGUCCCUUUAAGUGUUUAA